AUGGAUGGGUCCCGGCCGGGGGCCGGGGCCGAAGGCGAGAGUGCAAGCGGAGCCAUAUCGGGCUCAGCCCGUUACAUUGAGUGCGAUACCCUUAAGCGUACAGAGAAGUUUCUCUCCGUAUCUGCUAGCGGCACACUAUGGGUUGAAGGUAGUGAGGCUUCAUUAUCCCAGAGCCUUACGCUGAUGGAUGCUAUCCUCACCUUCUUCGAGGAUCAGAAGGUGCUAUAUAAAUCGGGCCCAGAGAAGGACCUCCGCAUGGUUCAUUCUAUUGAGAUGGGCUGGUUUAUCCUUGACAAAUACUACGCCCUCCUUGAGUCGACGCCAGCAUAUGCCGCCGCGAUGCUUCUCGAUCCCUCGAAGCGGAAGCAUUAUCUUCUUCAAAACUGGCCAGAGGAGUGGCAUCAAAAGACUAUUGAUGCUGCUAAUUCGAUUUGGCAAAAGGAAUAUGUGCACCUCACUCAUGAAUCAAUCCCUGCCGCUGCUGUAGCUGAUAUUGAUACGUCUAAUCCAUCGUCGAAAAAGAGGAUAGAGAAUGAAUUAGACCGACUAAAACUUCGUCUAAGAGUUCAGCCUACUCCGCAAGAGGAUGAAGAUACGUUUAUGGCAUUUAUUAAAGAUAAAACCAUCGAUCUUGAUGCUCUAAAGAUAACUCCUCUUCAGUGGUGGUUGGCUCCAGAGCAGCGCCGGCGCUAUCCUCGUCUCCACCGUAUGGCCAUCAAUAUCCUCUCAAUCCCCCCCUCAUCUGCUGAGCCAGAACAACAAUUCUCAGGCGCACGACGUACACAGAGCUGGGAUAGGCUUAGGUUAUCGCCACAGAACCUCCAGAGGUUAGAGUGCAUGGGCAACUGGUUUGCGAGGAAGCUCAUCUCUUCGGAGGAGCUGCUAGCGAUGAUUGUAGAGGCUGUGGAGAUGGAUGAUGAGAUGGAUAUUGAUUUUGAUGAAGAGGAUUGGGAUAUGAUAUAA